ACUAAAUCCAUCCAUCACUCUUUCCUCCAAACACAACCACAACCACCAACCACAACCACCAACCACAACCACCAAAAUGUCCACCUCACACAUCCACCCACCGCCCAUAACUCUGCAAGACCUCCAAGCCUUCCAAGCCAAACACUUCCCCGACCCAAACCUCGCAGCACAAACUCUCCUAGCGACCCAGCUCACGCCCCAAGCCCACACCAACACCACCAACACCACCACCACUACCACCGCCUCCGCCGCCGCGCCCGCAGAUCCGUCGUAUUAUGAUGCGGAAGAUGAAGAAGACGGACUAGGUUAUUAUUCCGACGGGGUCAAACGCACCCUCACGGACGAGCAGAUCCAGAUCUUCCGGCAUAGUGAGAUUCAUGCGCUUCUGCGGCAGAGGGAGUUACGCGAGGAGGCGGAGAGGGAGAGGCGCGCGGAAGAGGAAGAAGAGGACCAAAAGGCGCGGCGCGCGGAGAGGGGGGUGGAGCGGCGUGAUGAUGAUGAUGAUGAUGACGGCGGGGAGGUGCGCGGUGGUGGUGAGGUGAUGCUAGAUGUGGCUGUUCCUACACAGGUUGAUGCUGCUGGUGCUGGUGCUGGUACUGCUGAUGCUAGCGAAAAGCCUGAACCACCUAGGCAUGGAAAAUCGUCCGCCGGGAAGAAAAGGCCGCGAGAUGAUGGGGAUUUGCAUAUGGAUUAUGGCGAUGCUGCGGGUGGGCAGCAGCAGCAGCAGCAGCGGCAGCCGCGGCACAGUUCUUCUGGAGCCGCAGGACGGUGUGGUUCGUCCUCUGAUCCCUAUGCGGAUCCGUCCAGGCGGGCGGCUUUGUUCACCGGGAGGAAGAUUAUCUCCUAUGAUGAUUGA